AACAAAUGCUUGAGCCCAUUAAAACAAAACAAAAAAUCUUUCUUCUUUUCAUCCCUGAAAGCAGAUGGCUUUUUCCGAACGAUAAUGAAAAGCAUAGUAUUCCAAUUCCCAAAAAAGAUUAAAAAAAGGAAAAGAGCUCCUUGUUUCAAAAAUGGCAGGAGCUUCUGCAACUCUAGCCUCCUUUACCAGUCUCACACCAUAUCCCUCCACCAAGCUCCUCCACUGCUCUUCAACGGCACCCUUUCCACCCGCAACACUUGGUUCCCGAUUCCACUACCGCUCUUGUUCCAAUCUCAGAGUCAGUCAUUGCCAUGGCAAGUUGAAUAAUUCAACUGAAGGAGAACCAGAUGAAAUGGACGAAGCCCUAUUCGGUGGCUAUGACGGAAUUGAGGAUGACUCCGACGAAGAGGACGCCGAGAACAGUGUCGAUUUGCUGAUUAGAUUCUUACGGAGCAUGUUUAGGAAGGUCUCUAAGCGAGCCAAGAAGGCUUCGCGAUCCAUUUUACCCUCCGUAAUAUCGCCUCAGCUUGUUUCUUUUGCAGUUGACGGUACACUGCUACUUGCUUCACUUUCUAUUGUUAGAGCGUUUCUUGAGGUGAUAUGCACACUUGGAGGUACAGUAUUUGCUGGGAUUUUGCUACUGCGAGUGAUCUGGGCAGCAGUUGCUUACUUUCAGUCAAGUGGAAAUAGCUUUAACCAGGGUGGCAGCUCCUUUGGCGCCGCAGCUUAGAGCUCUCUUUACCACUCCGUAAGCUAAAAACCUCGCAUUCUUUCCUUCUGUGCUACUUGGUUACAGGCUAGAGGCCAUCAUAUCAUGUACUAUAUAUUGUAUAUCAAAUCUUUUGGGCCAACCAUUAAGAGUCUGUGGAUGUCAUUCGCAUUUUUCAUGUGAACAGUGUAUAUUAGACUUGACAAUUUAAAUUAUUUUUU